CUUCUGUUUGUGAAAAAAGAGCAGGGUGACAAUACCAAAGGGAACGCGCAAAGGCAAAGGGGGUGUUUGGGUUUUUAGGGUUUGGGUUUGUGAGAGAAAAAUGGCGGAAGAAGGUGGACAGAGGGCUAAGGGAACUGUGAAGUGGUUCAAUGACCAAAAGGGUUUUGGGUUCAUCACUCCUGAUGAUGGAAGUGAUGAUCUGUUUGUUCAUCAAUCAGGCAUCAGAUCUGAGGGUUUUAGGAGUUUAGCUGAAGGUGAGUCUGUCGAGUAUGAGGUUGAGAAUGGUAGUGAUGGACGUACUAAGGCUGUUGAUGUUACUGGACCUGAUGGUGCUGCUGUUUCUGGUGGGUCACGUAGCGGUGGAGGCGGAGGAGGCCGUGGUGGUGGUGGUUACGGUGGUGACCGAGGUGGUAGCCGUGGUUAUGGUGGUGGUGACAGUGGGUAUGGAGGUGGCAGUCGUUAUGGUGGUGGUGGUUACGGGGGAGGCGGUGGCGGCUAUGGAGGAGGUGGUGGUGGUUAUGGUGGAGGCAGUGGUGGAGGAGGAGGUGGUUGUUUCAAGUGUGGCGAGUCUGGACACUUUGCCAGAGACUGCAGCCAGAGUGGCGGCGGCGGCGGUGGUGGUAGGUACUCCGGCGGUGGUGGUGGAGGCGGUUGCUUCAAGUGUGGUGAAGACGGGCACUUUGCUCGUGAAUGCACUAGCGGUGGUCGUUGAUCAUUUGCUGUGAAACCCUCUACCCUCUGUUUGUUUUAGCUUUGAAGUUGUCUGUGUUUCCGGUGCAUAUAGUCACCUCUAUCUUUUCUGUAAUUUCGGAUAUGGUCUUUUUGUUAUCUUUAUUUUCUGCAUUCAGUAGUUAGUAGUAUGGUUAUGAAGCUGUUGACAAUGGGGAGUCUUAUUUUUGUUGAUGCUUGAAAUGCUUGCUCUCUGUACAUGCUUUCAUACAUGUUUUCGAAGCUAUAUCAAUUAUUCAGCUUCUGCUA